AUGCCGGCGGUCUUGGAUCUUUCCCUGGACGCAUCCGAGAGAGAGCUCGCCGAUCGCCUCAGAAGCGCCAAGAACACCGCGCAAUGUCAGCUCCUCCAUGCCCAGAUCCUCGCGAGCCGGCGCCACCGUGACAGCCUCUUCCUCGCGAAUGCGCUCAUCCAGAUCUACGGCAGAUGUAACGAGGCCGGAGAAUCAAAGCGCGUCUUCGAUGGAAUGGAACGCCAUUGCUUCCUCACCUGGAAGCUCCUCCUCCAGGCAUAUGCCUUAAAGGGGCAUCUGGAAGAUGCCAAGCGAACAUUCGAAGCCAUGCCCGAGAGAGAUGCCGUGUGCCACAACAUCAUGAUCACGGCCUAUGGAAGAGCCGGCCAGCUGGAGCGCGCCAAGCGUAUGUUUGACACGUCGGUGGAGUGGAGCAUCGUGACGUGGAAUGCCCUACUGGCAGCAUAUACCGAGAACCGGCAUUUUGACCAGGCGGUGGAAAUAUACCGGAUUAUGCCCGCCGUGAGCAUCGUCUCCGCGAACACGAUGAUGCAUGGCUAUGCCCUAGAGGGCCGGAUCGAGGACGCUGCCGCGAUCUUUGAUCGAAUGCCGGAGAUCAGCAUGGUUUCGUGGACGGAGCUCCUCGCACUCCAUGCCCAGAGGGGAAAUUUGCGGCGGGCGAGGAAGAUCUUUGCACAGGUGCCCGAGUUGAAUGUAGUGAUGGCCACGGCGAUGAUCCAGGCGUGCGCGCAAAGCGGGGAAUUGCGGCGAGCAGUGGCGAUCUUUGAGAGGAUGGGCGAGAGGAAUCUUGUGGCGUGGACGGCGAUGGUGUGCGCAUUCGUCCAGGGCGGGGAUUUGGCGUCGGCGAAAGCGCUGUUCGAUUCAAUGCCGGAGCACGACACCGCCUCGUGCAAUGCGAUGCUCCAGGCGCUAGUUUCCCUGGGAUUUCUCGAGGAAUGCAAGGGAAUGUUUGAUUCCAUGGUCGAUCGAAACGAAAUCUCGUGGGCAGUGAUGCUCGAGGCGUAUGCCCAGACAGGGGAUCUCCAGCAGGCGAAGCAACUCUUCGAUUCCAUGCCCGAUCAAACGCUAGUGGCACGGACCGCGAUAAUGGGUCUCUUUGCAGAGAAGGGACACUUGCGCCUGGCAAAGAAGAUCUUUGACACGAUGUUCUUGCGGGACACGAUCGCUUGGAAUGCUAUGGUAGCUGCAAAUGCCCGGAGCGGGCAUGCUACCGCAUCGCUGGAUCUCUUCCACCGCAUGGCCGUGGAGGGCUAUAACCGCGAGGAGCUCGCGUUCGUCAGCGUUCUUGCGUCGUGCGCGCAAAUGGGCGCGCUGGAGCGCGCUCGGGGCUACUUUGUGUCGAUGGAAUUCGACCACGGUCAAGCGCCUGAGCUGGAGCACUACUCGUGCAUUGUGGAUGUGCUCGCGAGGCUGGGCUACCUCCGCCAGGCGCGAGAGCUCCUCUCCACCAUGCCCUUCGUGCCCAACGAUUCGAGUUACAAGGCGGUGCUCAGCGCUUGCCGGAUCCAACAUAACGUCCGCCACGCGUCUGGGAUCCUGCGCGAGUGCCACACCAACCACUGGGACACGGCGGCGCCGCUCGUCCUCUUCUCCAACGCCGCCAGGAGCGAUUAA